AUGGCGGUUGCUUUAGUUUCUCUACUACUGUUUAGCUCGCUAAUCAUUGUUCAUGGAUCGCAUUUUCUUGGUGGAACUAUUUCGUGGCAUCCAUUGGAUGAAUCUGCUACUGGAUCACCGGUAGCGAUUGUAAUAACUCAGACCUAUUCAUGGACAUAUUCACGGAUUACAUGUACAACGACUGAUAUUGCUACCAAUGCAUUAAUUCCUGUUGGUGCAUAUACUUAUCUGACAACUGAAACACUCAGUUGCAUUACUAAUUGCAAUUCUGGUUCAACUGGUUAUAUUCCUCCUAGUAUCAGACCACGAUGCACGGAUAUUUCAGCACCAUUGGACACCACUGUUGAACAACGUUCUGACAUUGUAUAUUUGUCCGCUGGCGACGAUUUUUCUGUUGUUUUUCAAGGAGGCGACUGGCGUUCACUAACAACGGCUGGAGCUGCUUUCUGGUCAAUCUCAACACACAUUAUAGUCAAGAGAAGAUCCGAUAAUGGCUUGUACAACAAUGCUCCUGUGGCAACUAUGAUGUCUCCGAUCGAUAUCCCUGUCAACCAUCGUACAGCUAUUAUCAUACCUGUGGGCGACGCGGACGAUGAUACGACACGCUGUCGAUGGUCAACAUCGUCCAAUGGUGUUGAUGAAUGUAGUGGUGUAUGUCCACCUAGUUCAUUAGCAUCAGGUACUAUCAUCUAUCAAAAUUGUACUAUUAUCAUCACUGGUCUUACAGUUGACGAUUGGUUUGCUGUGACAAUUAUGGUGAAUCUAUAUUUUAUCGCUCCAACAAGCACUACUCCACUCAGUAGUGUACCCGUACAAUUUCUCGUUCAUGUCGUGAGUUCACCGUCGUGUGAUACUGAGCCGGUCAUUGCUGGAAUACCGCUCGAAGACUCCUGUUUAUCUAUAACAGUCGGUCAAACAUUCAACUCGAUGUUGAUUGCGAUUAACAACUGUGGUGCAAGUGUAACGAUUGUCGAUAUUUCGACAUUAUCAUUUCCUGGUGUAGUAAAAGGAAAUCUCAUCCGAUUCAAUACGUCUACCUACUACAAAAUGAUUUCAUGGACACCAACAUCAUCUCAACUUGGCUAUCAAGUUAUGUGUGCGAUGGCUUUCGACAGGUAUUGA